CUGGUUUCCGCUGUGCUUUGUUUACGGUUGUCUCUAAGCGGCGGGACGCUUAAAAAGGAAAACACUCGGGCCAGCUGAAACAUGGCCACUAAAAAGCCGAAGGAGACUCUGAGGGUGAACAUCUCCAGCUCUCUGGAGUCGGAGGAGAUCAGCCUGGAGACCACGGUGCCCACGGAGGACAUCUCGUCCUCGGACGAGAAGAGCGGCGCCCACCGGGUCACCAAGCAGGUGCUGGAGAGGAAGGAGCUCCUGCACAACCUGCAGCUGUUGAAGAUCGAGCUGUCGCAAAAAAACCUCAUCAUCGACAACAUGAAAGUGGAGCACCUGACCAAAAUGGAAGAGCUGGAGGAACAGCUGAAUGACGCGCUGCAUCAGAAGCAGAUUCUCGCCCUUCGCCUCGACAGCCAGCUCAAAGUGCAGCAGGAUGAGAACAGGAAGCAGCAAGCUCUAAUGAAACAGGAAAUGUCCUCCAUCCUGGUGCGGCAGAAGCAGCUGGAGGACACCAACAGGCAGCUGUGUGAGCGAGCCGGGGACAUCCGGCGCAGCCUGAGGGACGUCGAGCUGAGCGAGGAGAAGUACCUGGAGCUGCGAGAUCUUCCCGAAGACAAGCUCUCCAUCCCUGAAUAUGUAGCGGUGCGCUUCCAUGAGGUGGUCACACCGCUAAGAGCCCUGGUGACCGAGCUCCAGGUGAAGAAGAACGACCUGACGGACGACCUGGACGGCCAUCGCAAGGAAAUCAAAUCCCUUAUGGAGAGUUACGAGGAGGAGAGAAGAGCGCGCGCCGAGCUGGAGAUCCGCUGCCAGAGACUGGCGCUGGACCUGACCGACACCAAGCAGCUCAUCCAGGAGGGAGACUACAAACGCCAGAACUACGACAAAGUGAAGCGAGAGCGAGACAACUAUGAGACAGAGCUCAGAGAGCUGAGGAAAAAGCAGGAGCUGACGGAGCUGACGCAAACCGCCCUGACCAAGGAGAGGAACGAUCUCAGUAAAGAGGUGGCCACACUGCAGCAGUCUGUGACUCUGCUCCAGAAGGAUAAGGACUAUCUGAACAAGCAGAACAUGGAGCUGAGCGUACGCUGUGCUCACGAGGAGGAUCGUCUGGAGAGGCUGCAGAUACAGCUGGAGGAUUGCAAGAAGGCCAGGGAGGAGGCUUACCACAAAUAUGUGGCUUCUAGGGACCACUACAAGACCGAGUAUGAGAACAAGCUGAGGGACGAGCUGGAGCACAUCCGUCUGAAAACCAGCCAGGAGAUCGAGAGCCUGCAGCGUUCGUCUAAAGAGCUCUACGAGAGGGAGAACAGAAACCUCCGUGAGGCACGGGACAACGCCGUCCUCGAGAAAGAGCGAUCCACCGCAGCUGAAAGAGACACUCAGGCCAAAUAUGAUCAUCUCCUACAGCAGUUCAGGCAGCUGCAGCUCAGUUCGGACAGCCGUGCCUCAGAGCUGCAGAACCAGAUGAAGCUGAAGGCUUUCGAAGCCGAACGCGCUCAGAUGGUGCAGGAGGAAACGGCCGGGAACCUUGGCCUAUGCCAGAUAGAGUGCGAGAAACAGCAGAGGAAAUUAGAGGUUUUAACCAAGGAGUUCUACGCACUACAGUCGUCAUCGGAGAAACGCAUCAUAGAGCUGCAAUCCCAGAAUGCCGAGCUGCAGGUGAGGCUGGAGACCUACGAGAAGCUGGAGAGGGAGCUGGACGACAUCACCAUGCAGGCGGCAGAAAUGGAAAAUGAGGACGAAGCCGAGAGGGUGUUGUUUUCCUACGGCUACGGAGCAAACGUCCCGACCACGGCAAAAAGGAGGCUGAAGCAAAGUGUUCAUCUGGCAAGAAGGGUUCUUCAGUUAGAGAAACAAAAUACUUUGCUAAGGAGAGACCUGGAGCGAAGCACCACCCACGCGGGGCAGAUCUCAGAAGAGCUGCAGACAGCCAAUCAGCUUCUCCAGCAGACUCAGCAGCCAUACAGUUACCUCAUCGAGACUGUUCAACAGCGGGACACGCAGAUCCAGUCACUAAAAGAGCGCCUCUCUCAGACGGAACAGGAAGUGAGUGCACUGAAGAAAGAAAGGGCAUCUCUGCUGCAUGUGAAGAACAACAUGGCUGCCGACCUGGAGCGGCUCCUGAGACACAGAGAGGAGCUCUCUGCCAUGAAACAGGUGCUAGUCAGCAUGCGCUCACGGCACAACCGAGAGCCAGAACCGGAGCUCAGCAGCGGUCCAGGAGCGCAACAGCGGCCCAGAGAACUCGGCAGGACAGCAGGUGGUGAUCAGAACCAGCUCCGACCCAAACCCACCGUGUUUACCAAUAAAGACGUUCCUGAGUGGCACAGAAAGUUCAAGGCGAAGUCCAAGUGACCUGCGGAGACUUGUUUUACCAGAGAAACGCAACGUACAGGUUUUAUUUAUGGAUGCAGGAAGUCACUUUGUGUAUAGUGUGUUUUGUACGAUAAAAACUGCUUUUUAAAUUAAAAAGAAUACUUUUUCUCCUUACA